UUUUCUAAAGCGAUCCUAUUUAUUAAUUUUAUCUAAAUCCUCUUUAUUUAAAAAUGGCACGCAACAAACUUUAUGUCAUUUCUCGCUGUUUCUCGCUUCUGACGUCACGAAUCCAAUAUGGCCGCGGUGACUAGGAAAGGCCCUACUUAACAGCCAGCGAGUUAGUUUAUCUUUUGAAAGCGGACUUGCUUCUUGAAAGCGGCUACACAAGUCGAGCGAGGACGAGAUAUUACGGAGGAAUUGCAAACCGUGAAAGCGUCAGACGACACAAAUAAAUAGAGCACAAGCCGGAGGGUACCAAUUAGUCGCCAAAUAAAUUUGCAACGUAAGACACCAUGUCGGUCGAAGCAUUAUCCGGCAAAGUUUUUCUAAUUGUAACUGGUGCGAGUCGUGGUCUCGGUCGCCAAAUCGCAAUAACAUUUGGUUCGAUGCUGGAGGAAGGCUCGCGCGCGCUUUUAUUAGCGAGGAAUAAGGGUGCGUUGCAAGAAGUUGCAAAAAGUAUACCAUCCAAAGUGACAGUUUGUACCAUUAGUGCGGACUUAAGUAAAUCAACCGAUACCAAGUUCAAAGAAUUCAUAUCAGAAUCUUUGAGGGGAACUACACUCAGCGCAUUUGAUCGAGUGGUCCUGGUACAUAAUAUCGGCUCAAUCGGCAAUAUCUCCCAAAAUGUAAACGAUAUAGUGGACUUAAAAGUGUGGAGGGAUUACUACGAUCUAAACUUCUUCGUACCUGCUGUAUUAAACGCGGUGGUCAUGAACACGUUUGCUAGUAAAACCAUUAAAAAGACGAUUAUCAAUAUUACAACCUUGAUGGCUAUUAAAGCGUACGUUAGAUUUGGCCAAUACAAUUCGGUAAAUGCAGCAAGAGAAAUGUAUUUUAAGGUCUUUGCUUUGGAAAAUCCUGAUGUUAACGUAUUAAGUUAUUCACCGGGACCAAUCGACACGGAUAUGUUCACAACGGUAUGCGAAAAAAUCGCGGAUUUAAAAUCUCGGAAAAUGUUCAAUGAGAUGAAAGAGAAGAAAUUUCUGUUAACUACAGAACAGGUUGUCAAUGGUCUUGUGCAAGUUUUAAACGAACAUAAAUAUAAUUCGGCCGAUCGUGUGGGUUAUUACGAAGAAAUGUAAAGCAGGAAGAACGAUAUUCUGUCAUAAGACAAAAAACAGAAACCAAAAUAUAAAAAUCAAACAAAUUUAUUUUUAUACAUUUAUUG